CUCUUCAGCAGAGUUGCAUUCAUCAUUGGCUUGUUGCAGCUGAAGGAGAAAAGGAGAAAGGUUGGGCUGGUCCACGGUGUUCUCCUACAGAGCCAUGUUGCUGUGGUCAGUGUGGAGUGUAAUUUCACUAGUGACGACAGUGGACGCUGCAGAGGAGGAAGAUGUGAGAGCAGGCUGCAGCACGGCUGUCAAUGACCUGGUUUACAUCAUUGAUGGCUCAUGGAGCGUUGGCGUCUCCGACUUUGACACCGCCAAGCAGUGGCUCAUCAACAUCACCAGCCAGUUUGAUAUCAGUUCCCACUACACACAGGUGGCUGUGAUACAAUACAGUGACACACCUCGGCUGGAGAUUCCUCUUGGGAAACACCAGGGAGUAGCAGAGCUCAUCAAGGCCAUACGGAGCAUCAGCUACCUGGGAGGAAACACACAGACUGGCAGGGCUAUCAAGUUUGCAGUGGACCACGUGUUUGCCUCCUCCCAGCGGAGCAAUCUGGUCAAGAACCGCAUCGCUGUGGUGGUUACAGAUGGCAAAUCACAGGAUGAUGUGGUUGACGCCAGCAUGGAGGCUCGAGCACAGAGUAUUACUGUAUUUGCUGUGGGAGUUGGCACUGAGAUCACCACUUCAGAGCUGAUCUCCAUUGCCAAUAAACCUUCAUCUACCUAUGUCCUGUAUGCUGAAGAUUACACCACCAUCGAUCGUAUUCGAGACUCCAUGGAGCAGAAGCUUUGUGAAGAGUCUGUUUGUCCCACACGAAUCCCAGUGGCAUCCCGUGAUGAGAAAGGCUUCGAGCUGAUGGUGGGCAUGAACAUUCAGACCAAGGCAAAGAAGAUCCCUGGCUCUUUAGCUUCUGAGACUGCCUAUGCCCUUGCUGCCUCCACAGACAUUACUGAGAACACCAGGGAGAUUUUCCCAGAAGGCCUUCCUCCAUCGUACGUGUUUGUGUCCACUCUACGUCUGAAAGGGAUCUCUAGCAAGCUGCCCUUUGACCUUUGGAGGGUGAUGUCAAAGGAUAAGGCGAUCCAAGCUGCAGUAACACUGAGCGGAAAAGACAAAACUGUUACCUUCACCACCACCAGUACGACAGAGAAAGAGCAGAAAGCUGUCUUUAAAACAGGCUUUCAGACUCUUUAUGAUGGAAAAUGGCAUCAGAUUAAAGUACUAGUGAGGCAUCUCCAGGUUACCGGUUUCCUUGACGAUCAGCGCAUCCAGGAACUAAUGCUGACACCGGUGGAGCCAAUUUACAUCAAUGGGGAGACGCAGGUGUCUAAGAGGCGAGGAACAGACAUCACUGUACCUGUGGAGAUUCAGAAGCUGCGUCUCUACUGUGAUCCCCAUCAGAGCGAGAGAGAAACAGCUUGUGAAAUCUACUCCGUCGAUGAUGAAAGGUGCCCUCUGAAUAGAAGCGCCACAGUGGAAGAAGAAGACUGCGAUUGUGUAGUCGGCCCACCAGGACCCACGGGUUCACCAGGUGAGAAAGGGACACAUGGGCCACGAGGGCCUGAAGGCGAGCCUGGUAAAGAAGGAAAUCCUGGUGAUCCUGGCCCCCAGGGAUUUCCAGGGAUGAAGGUAUAAGGAAACAC